AUGCCACGCGAUCCUUACCCUUUCCCAAGACUUCAGAAUGACAGCGAUUUUUGUGGACAGCAAGGAAAACAGGUAAACUUUGCACAAAUUUUCAAAUCACGGUAGUCUAAUCUCGAGAGAUUCCUGUCUGUAAAAGUUCCCAAAUGUUUACAUACAUGUUGCUGUUACUAGGAUCAACUAAGUAUGUGAAAUCGCCUCGCCAACAGUGAACAAAAGAAAAGGGACAGAUACUGUAGGAAUGUUCCUUCUUCAUUUUUAUCCAAAAACUCACGGAAUGUAUUAUAAAAGGAUAAUAGCCUUUGAAAAUAUCCAGCGAACAAAGCUGUGAAUUCGCAUGGCGACUAUUCGAAGUUUUAAUUGACCAGCCAAGCGAUUUUCAGCUUCCGCAGACACCGAUUUCAUCUUUAAAAGUAUUACUUAAAGUUCUUCGUAAACAGCAAUGACAAACAAUAUGUGUUUACAGCGUAUAUAGAUAUCCAAGCUUAAGAUAAAUCUAAGUCUUACUUUAAAAAAAAUGAGAUUAAAAAAAAUAAGUUCACGAUAUUCAUGAAAGAAAAAGAACCUUUGAAUAGGACAAGAGGCCAAUAUUCAGAUUUUCAACCACUAUUUUUUUAUUUGGUCUUUAAGGUUAAAGAGAAGGGAACGUUGAUGCAGGAAGGCCAAGAAGGAACACCGUGGGACAGACUCAACAAAACAGCAACGCUGGCGAGUUCCAGGAGAGAAGUCUUUCAUUAUGAUCCACAGGUGCAACUUUUGUUUAUUUUUACACUAACAGUUUUGCAUGAAUAUCUUACUUCAUAAGGUAAUUUAAGCCUCAUUAAUAAACAUUCGCAAGCCAUUUAUAUGUAAUUUACUUCAUCAAGUUCUCUUUUCUGUCAUAUAUCAAAAAAGGAAACUUAAUGAAGUGAAUUACCUUUGAAUUGAAAGCUUGAUUACUUCCCUCAAGAAGCAUAAAGUGCCCUUGUCGAGUCCUAGAUACCAGUAAACUUCGUGUUUUGCUGAGUAACAGCCCUGUCCUUAAGCAAUCGGCUGUGUCUAAAUGCUGGCUGAGUCAUAGAUUUACAAAGGAUUUCCACUUAGAGGUUCUUUCAAACUUCUGAGGUGUAUCGAAUGUUUGUUUAGAAAUGCGGUUACCAGGCAUUUAGACACUUUUUUAUGUACUCAAAAAUGCAUCUAGCUACCAAGAGACUAAGAGGAAUGUUUCUGCUCCUCUAAAAUUCACUAGAGAAACUUGCUAUCAUGACUACUGCUAAAUCUCAGCUCUAAAGCUUUUGAUCUCAUUUGCCUUUCAUUGCAGGCACCAAAUGACAGCUUGGAUUUUGUCAUCAAAUCAACAUAUGACCAUCACCAAGAGUUCCUUCAUUCCAAAGCUGAGACUUUGGUACAACCAGAAACAGCUAAUUUACCACAUGGGUAAGGCAUUUUUGUUUUGUUGAAUAAAAAGUAACUUCUCUCCUGUAAUAUGCACUCAUUACAUUGAGAGUACACAAACUUAUCAGGUAAAAGUUAUUAUUUUGAUCCAACACCAAAUUCUCAUAAUUAAUUUACAAGGAAAUGUGCAGCAACUACAGUGGAGAAUUGACAUUCAGAUCUUAGGUGUUCAAGGGAGAAACACCGUGUAAGAGCUGUGUCACAUGGCCUGAUUCUUUCGUGUACCAAUGUUGUCCUGUUGGACUCAAUAUUUCCAUACCUCUUUGAAAUUACUUUGAAGGAUUUUCACUUGAAAGUCAAGGAUAUUUUUGGCAGUCAAUGUUUGAACUAUCAGAAAUACAGAUGUAUAUAUUUUUAUUUUCAUUACUUAGUUGUUUGGUAAAUAGCAACUUCAUAAUUUUUCAGAAAAUCAUAAAAAAAGGGAAAAAUUAGAAAUAUAUCUUAAGAGAAUUAGAUGUUUGUGGAGAUGAGGGCAGUCCUGUUUCUUGAACUGUAGUGGGCAAAAUAGCUGUAACAUUAGCCUGUAACAUCUGUUGAAUUUUACACUAAGAUGUUUUUACAUCAUAUUGGCAUAGGCGUGUCCUUAAGAAUAGACCUCCUCCAGAAGCACCAGAAAUUGACCUCUAUAAGCUUCCACUGAUGAAAAGCACUAGCGUACAGCGGCAGAGUAUACACAGUAUAAAUGGUGCUAUUGGUGAGUCUGGGAAAUUGUCUUUUAAAAACUUUUUCAUAAGAAUUGGAGCAGCUUCAGUACAUCCACGGUUUUUGUGUGUAAAAAAAUUUAGCUGAAAUUUUUCCCCAAGUGUCAUCUACAACCUGUGUCAAUAUAUCUGUCCCUGUUUGGUUUGAUAAACCAAAUAUUCAGGAGCUCCUUUAAACUUGUGGUUACUAAUAUAGUAUCUAUUCUACAAUUUGUCAAUCAAAGAAUCAGUUUCAUGACUGAGGUUUGUGGUUUUUCGGACAAAAGAAUUUAGAUCUUAAAAAUUUUGGAGCAUAAUUUGUUUUUGCUUUAAAUAAAUGGUUGUGAAUAUCACAAGCUGAAACUCCAACUUCUGUCCUAUCAUAUCACCAUCCAAAAACUCCAUAUUUCUCUACUACAUGUGGCAGGCCUGAAGUGAUAAAGUAUAGCAACAUAAUUCAAAUUCUUUGUUGCCUUCUAUAGAGAGUCACCACAGUGCAGCAACAAAUGGCGGGUACUCUAGAAAACAUGAUGGAGGAUUUUAUACUUGUUAAUAUUCUUUUCUCCCUUUAACUAACAUGAAAAGCUACAUCAAGAAAAAAUCAUUGUACAAACAUUGUGUGUAAUUGCAAUUAGUAAUCUUUUAAUAAGUUAACAUAAAUUUAGUGUCUUUUCUCUGCAUAUCUUAUGGUUUAUUUUACAUUAUUGUUUUGUGGCCUCUGUAAAAUGACACUUUUCACUGGAUGUGUACUUAUUUCAUAAACCAAGAUACAACUCACAAUGUUCACAGAUGGCCUCUUUUAGUUUAAAUCUAUGUAAGAUGCAAAGUUAUUCUUAUAACAAUCCUUUCUUGUCUUAUUUCCACAAAAAAAUUGUGUGAUACUACAGAAAAUUCUUUCAUUAAUGUCACCUUUUAAUUAAUAGACUUGAACUGUAAAUUUUAACUUUCAAAUAUAAUUGCUGAUUUCUUAUGGUAACAAAUGCUAAAAAAAUAUUUUGAGGGAAAAAGUUGCCCC